AAUAUUCAAAAAAUAAAAAGUCAGAAAUUAAAGAUAUUUAUAAAAAUCGGCGUACACGUUCAAAGAUUCUUAAGUAAAAUCUUAUUCACUCGCUUCUAUCUUUGUUAAAGGAGAGAACACAUCUUCACUUUUAAGAUUACUUUCCUGUAUAUCUUGAAAAAAGUGUAGAGAAAGAAACUAAGGAAGAAAAAAUAUGCUUCAUGCCGAUUCGCUAUAGCAACAGACAGUCAACCGGAUCGUAUAAUUCAACGUGAGAUGUCACAAAGCAAGGUGAUCAAGUCACCUUCUCAAAUAGUCAAACGGCGCGGCGUUGCGCACAUAUCGUAAUAGUUGCUUGAAUUUCCUUUCAAAAGAUAGUCAGUCAAAAAGUUCUUUGCUGUUAUCCAUCAGAUACACAGUCUCGCGAACUCGUCUCGCGAAAGUUACCAAUGAAAGUAUUCGAGGAAUUCAAUAAAUUCUAUAACGAUUCGGUUACCAUUUCUGUCAUCUUUUAAAUCAUUCCAACUUUGUUAUAUGCAUUUGAGACGAUAAAACUUGAUUUUCUAAUUAAUUGUGAUCGCAAGAGAAGACAAAUUUUAUCAAGUUUUCAAGAGAAAAGAUUUUUAUCAAAAAAAAAAUGCCAGCCUUGAAGCUUUUCGGGCGGAAAUGGUUAGCAGCCACGGAUGAUCUCGUCUACCCUGAAUUGUUUGAAAUUUUAAUACGUCUUAUCUGGUUGAUCUUGAUAGGAAUAGGAUGCAUAAAAUAUUAUACAAGUACUUGGAAUUGCCAGCAAGGAGGUGAUCUGGUCCGUGUAUAUUUAUUAGGAGAAGUAAUCAUCCUUGGCACAGUUAUGAUUCUUACAUUUUUUAUUAUAAGAUAUAGCAGUAGAGGAUCGAUAACGAAUACGCACGCUCGUCGAUAUGUUGAACCGCUUCUCACGGUAAAAAUAUUUAUGAUUCUACCGGAAAUAAGUUGGAAUAUAUUGGGAACGCUUUGGAUCUUUAACAAGAACAUAGAAUGCGAGAUAGAACAGUACACAAUAAGUGUCGUGAAGGCAAUGGUAUUUUUCAAUUGGAUCCUCAUCGGCCUCACAAUUUUCGGUUUUAUUCUUGUUUUCGAUCCUCUUGGCACGUUGGAUAUGCGUAAAAAUAAUUUAGACGAUUCAAUCGAGCAUGGAAAGAUAUCACGAAUUUGGCGACGAAGAUUCAAGUUCCUUUGGUGGAUGAGGAAGGACGAAAGCGCCAACGAAACCUUCCAACAUGUUGCUGGUUUACUCACUGCACUAUUUCGAGGAACGGAUUUGGUACCUUCCGACGUUAUGGCAGGCUUAAUUCUACUGCGAGUUCGGCAAAAACGUGAAACGCACAAAACGAGAACAUUAAAUCUUCCUAAACCGAAAUAUACUGUUGAUGCACGUGAUAUUUUCAUCAACACUCCUAGCUGGAUGAACUUGGAAAAUGUAUAUCAUUUUCUUAAAUUAUCGAUCGCAUCUUACGGCUGGCUUUUCGUUUGUUAUGAACAUUUUUGUACCGCAUGUUUCCGUUUAAUACCAAACUUAACAUUCUGUGGCUGUUUCCGAAAAAAACGAGAAGUUAUCCUGGAUGACAAUUGUUGUUUUUGCCAUUUAUCCGGAGUAAAAUAUACGUCAAAAUUAUCAGAUGACGAUAUUCUCUUCGCAAGUUUUAAGAACCAUUUAUGUGAAGUACCUUUUUGUGUAAUAGCCGAUCAUAAGACCUCUAGUAUCGUUAUAGCUAUACGAGGAUCUAUGUCAUUAAGAGAUCUAAUCACAGACAUUGCCGCAGCAUCCGAGACGUUUGAAUGCUCUGGGCUUCCUCCUGGAAGUAUGGCACAUAAAGGUAUGAUAUCAGGAGCUAAAGUAAUUUUAAGACAGUUGAACCAUUAUAAAAUCUUAGAAAUGGCUUUUAAUACAUAUCCCACUUAUACCCUUACAUUAACAGGUCACAGUUUAGGUGCUGGAAUUGCAGUUUUAUUGGGUAUAUUUUUACGUCAUCAAUAUUCAAAUUUAAGAGUUUAUGCAUUUUCUACACCAGGUGGAGUUCUUUCUCGAGCUGCUGCUAAAGUUACAGAAGAAUUUGUACUAACAAUAGGUCUUGGAGAUGAUUUUGUGAUGAGUUUGAGCGUUGAAAGUGGAGAAGAUUUGAGAACAUCUUUACUUGAUACACUUGCAGCAUGUCGAUUACCAAAGUAUAGAGUAAUUCUCAAUGGAUUUGGAUAUGCAUUACAUGGUGUACCUGAAGAAGACCUCGAAAACACAUGGGAAAAUUAUGACAUUAUCAAUCCACUUCCAAUAGAAUCUCCUCUGUUAACAAUAUUAACAAAUACGAAUAAUGUGGAAAACAAAGUACUAGCACGAGAUAUUUCACAAAGAAGAUUUUCAAAAAUGAGACUUUACACUGCUGGUCUUAUACUGCAUUUGUCAAGAUGUAAACAUAUAGAAACAGAUACUAAUAGUAAGAAAAAGAAAAAGAAAAAGAAAAAGGAAAAGGAAAAGGAAGAGAAAUAUGAAAUGCGAUGGGCACAGCCAGAAGAAUUUACCAAAUUGAAAGUAAUGCCACGAAUGUUAUUAGACCAUUUUCCAGAAAAUUUGGGAAAAGCACUUGUAACAUUAAUAGAACAACAAAAAGAUCUACCAAUUUACGUUGACCCAUAAUGUAAUUUUAAAACAUACAAAAUCUAGUUAAUAUAUUAUUUAAAUUAAAAAUGGAAAGAAGCUC